CAAUCUGCCAAUAAACUCAACAGAAGAAGAUGAAGCAUGGUUUCUAGAAAUGAAACGUGUGAGUGAUUCACAUUUUAUUAGGUAAACAUGAAUAGGUCGUUUUACGCCUGUUUAUGAGUGUAAGUAAUAUAUUUUUAACAGAUGUUUAUAACUUGUUAAAGUAUAGUUUGCUAGCGAUCGUAAACACAUUUAGCAAGUUAACGCAUAGGCACGUACAGUUUACUUGCUGGUUAGCUAGCCGUGUUUCGAUAUGAAAUCUAAGGAUAAGACAAAUAAGUCGGGCUCAGUCGCCACUGCGAAAACACAGAAGUCUACUUCAGAUCAAGUGACAAAGAAACCAGUUAAGAAAAAGAUAGCGUGGAAACAUGGUCCAAAGGAACCAGUAUCAAAGGUGAAGGAUCCCAACCCCUGGGUCCCCCCAAAAGAUGCCCAACACUUUUCAGCCAAUUGGAAAACGUUACUAAAAGUUCUAACGACUGACCCACCAUCAAAGAAGGGUAAACUACAGCAGGACUCCCCUCAAAUAAAGCCUGUCAAAGACAUUUCGAAACAGGCGGAAGUCCAAAAAAAGCCAUUAAAAGACACGCGCAGUAGUAAACCAUCACUGUCUAAAGCAGGGAAGGAGUUGACUGCUCCAGGUAGCUCUAAGGUAAACGGAUCAGGGGAAGGCCCUGCUCCGUCAGAGGUGAGGCAGCCCAAAGCCCAGAAGAGGAAACGGGACAGCGCCAAAUCAGCAGGCAGCAGUGAACAGGCAGCAAAUAAGAAGAAAAAAAUUGAAGUCGCCGAGAACACAUCAAAAGAACCAGACCUCUGGUUUGACGACGUGGACCCCGACGACGUGGAAGCCACGGUGGGGGCGGAGGCAGCCGACAUCAUAAGGAGGAGGAUGGGCACUCUGAAGGCCAACCCCCAGGACACCGAGGAUGUCCUGGUGAAGUACAGGGCGUUCGACGGGAUGACCAACGUGGUGGCCAUGGACUGUGAGAUGGUGGGUGUGGGCCCGGAUGGGAAGGACAGCAUUGUGGCACGCGUCUCCCUUGUCAACAAGCACGGGAAGUGCAUCUACGAUAAAUACGUCAAGCCCACGGAGAGAGUGACAGACUACCGCACCGAAUUCAGCGGCAUCCGGCCGAACGACAUAAAAAACGGUGAGAAUGUGAAGACUGUGCAGCGAGAGGUGGCUGAGAUCCUGGACGGGAGAAUACUAGUGGGCCACGCAAUACACAACGACCUCAAGAUUUUAUUCUUGACCCAUCCCAAGAAGAGAAUCAGAGACACUCAGAAGUAUAAACCAUUUAAGACGAUUGCUAAAAGUAAUCGUCCGGCGCUCCGAGUGUUGUGUCGGGAAGUACUGCAGGUGAAGGUCCAACAGGGGGAGCACUCCUCGGUCCAAGAUGCCCAAGCCACCAUGAAACUAUACAGCAUGGUGAAAAAAGAAUGGGAAAAGGCAAUCAAAGACAAAAAAAAGGAUGUGAUCGGGAAGAUAGUGCGAAAGCCCAAAGCACCAAAUAGCAAAUCAAAGUGACUGAAUUUACACUGAGGUGUUUUGCAAUGACCACACCUUCAGCCUCAGACCAGCUAUCGAAAUCGUAAUGAACUUGAUGUCUCUGAAUAUGAAUGGAAACAGGCCUCAUUGUUUGGUUGAGCAUUGACCUGGGGAGUUUACUGAGGGAUCCGUGUCCAUAGGGUUCAAAGGUCAAACAAACCCUUUUAAAAUCCCCACUUGUCAGAGGAUCCUGUGUUUCCAGUAAGUAUUAUAAAGACGGGACCUACCAUUUGCCUUAAGCUGUAAAUAAAAAUGUUACGUAUUAAAAAGUGAAUAUUUGUGCUUAACAUGCAAUAGUAAUUAAAGAAACAGUUUAAGACAGGACACGUUUAAAAAAAACCAGAAUACUUUAUUUUGUCAGAAUGGGGGAGAAAACAAUGCCACAUAGUAAGCAAAAACAAAUAUCGGGUUGUUUGUAUUGUUUUUGUAAAUCACAUCAUUCAAAAGCAACUGACAGGGUUAAGGUCGUUCUGGUUCAUCCGUCUGCAUAUGCACACAUCCUUUACAGCAGAACACAAACUACUGGCAUGCUUUAAGGCUGGCUCUGUAACACCGUGGUGCUGCAAGUGCUGUUUUAUGCUUUCGACCAGAGUUAACACAACACAGUAUCACAAAUAGGCUUGUAUGGUGUUGUGUAUUU